UUUACAGGACAUGCGCAGACAAAAUGCCCCUUCCCUGCUGAGCUGACGUAGAUAAGUUCAAAAAGAGUGACACGUUGCCAGAAAUAAUUGAUAAAAGAGUGUGGAACUUUCUUAUGUUUAAUUCCUUUGGGUGUCAAAACUGAAUCACAAGGUAAAUGUUGAACUAAUGAAAAUAAAGUUAAGAUAUUUAAUUGUUAGAGUAAUGAAUAUCAACAAGUUUGUUCUACGAUUUCAGAUUUAACUGAAGACAGCAUGCUAAAUAUAAGGAUAGUCAAAGGUGGCUGCCGUGGACGUGAAGCGGUUAGGUUUGGAGUGUGGUUGCGGACAUGUUCCACACUGGUAAAAAGCAAAACAGAGACGCAUGCCAGAGUACAGUCAGCUAAUUACCCAUCCGGUGACUUUGCUGAUGGCUUGAACGGUGGGAAAUUACUUUCUGAGAAAGUGAAAAGCCCAGUGUGUUCAUACAACGAAUGGGAUCCUCUUGAAGAAGUCAUCGUGGGACGCGUUGAAGGGGCAACCGUGCCCGAGUUUUCGAUAGAAGUAAAAGCAAAUACGUAUGAGAAAAACUGGUCGUUUUUCAAUACUUUUGGCGGCCAAUCGUUUCCUGCAUUACAUCUUAAAAAAGCGCAUCUGGAAAUCGAAGAAUUCUGCAACAUUCUACGACACGAAGGAGUGAAAGUUCGCCGACCUGAACCAAUUGACUUCUCAAAGGUCUAUAAAACUCCUGACUUCCAAUCAUCCGGGUUAUACGCAGCCAUGCCACGUGACAUUCUGCUUGUGGUUGGCGACGAAAUCAUAGAGGCGCCUAUGGCAUGGCGGUCUCGAUUCUUUGAGUACCGUGCCUACAGGUCCCUGCUUAAGGAAUACUUUAGCGGUGGUGCUAAAUGGACGACUGCACCUAAACCCCUCAUGAGCGACGACCUAUAUGAUGAGAACUAUGCCAUACGGUCAGUGGAGGACCGCCACAAGCUGGCUGCUUCGGGAAAGUUUGUUACCACAGAGUUUGAACCCUGUUUUGAUGCCGCUGAUUUCAUCCGAGCAGGCCGUGAUAUAUUUGUUCAAAGGAGUCAGGUCACAAACAACCUGGGCAUUGAAUGGAUGAGGCGACAUCUUGGAGAGCGUGGAUAUCGUGUGCAUAAAUUAUCCUUUGAUGAUCCCAAUCCGAUGCAUAUUGACGCUACCUUCAACAUCAUUGGACCCGGAUUGGUUCUAUCCAAUCCUGACCGGCCUUGUCAUCAGAUCGAGCUGUUCCAUAAAGCUGGGUGGACUGUGGUCAAGCCACCAUUGCCUCUCAUACCAGACACACACCCCCUGUGGAUGUCGUCCAAGUGGUUGUCCAUGAAUGUCCUCAUGUUGGAUCCGACAAGAGUCGUGGUGGAUAAAAACGAGACAACUACACAAAAGAUGUUCGAGAAUCUUGGAAUCAAAUGUGUUCCUGUCUCUAUCCGCUUUGCCAACUCUCUUGGCGGAGGUUUCCACUGCUGGACAUGUGACGUCAGGCGUCGGGGAACCUUGGAGUCGUAUUUUUAACUCUAACAGAAAAAGCCUUUUUGAAUUGCACGCAUACAUAUUUUAGUCUGCUCGCCUGCUUGAAUGAAACGUUCAACAUGUACCACGUUUUUCCAAAUGUUUUAGCCUUUGGUCAGUAAAUAUGGUGACAUGGUGGUGCGAUUUUCUGUUCCUAUUAAAGAUAUAUUAAAUGUGA